AUGAGUAAUAUUCAGCGUAUCGGCGAGCCGGCUCGCUUGGAACUGAUACAUUAUCACUGCGCGGGCGCACCAAAGGCGGCGCGCGCGCCCGCCCUUCGUUCAGAGAGCGCUCAUUUUCAUUGCCACACGAGUCUGAAAUCCGCACUUUGUUGCACAUAUAAAAAGGCUAUUCCUGAUUAUUUUACCAUAUUCAACACACCAUCAGUUGAAGUGCAACAUAAAGAAACAUUAAUACCUAACAAGAACAAACAAAAAUUCAAGAUGUUCCAGUUUUACCUGACAAGCUUAGUGGCCAUUACGCUGAUAGUAGGAAGCUUGGCUUCACCGACAUCUUCCCCUAUUGGCAAAGACCUGAACAUCGUCGGUUUAGAAAACGCUGAAUACGAAAUGGCUGAUUUGAAGCCUUCUCAUCACACCAAAAGGACGGGUGAAUUCGGAACUGUGCUUCUUGCUAUUAAGGAUCAGUUCAGGGAGAUCAUUGAAGACCUACUUUUUCAAGGAUUUGCGUAUUGCAAAAUUCAUUUGCAGCAGUUUAAAGUGAAUCUGUUGAGGAAACUUGGGAUGUACACACUCUCUGAUGUGUUCCACAUUAUCUUUGAUGGUGUGAAUGAUUUCGUGGGCAUUGCAGCGUCGCCGGCGCCCGCGUCUGCAGAUGAAGAAUAUUCCGAUGACAAAGUUAUGGUCACCCCAGAUUUUGGCUACAGCGAUCCAUACUCUCUAGCGGCACUAUUAGCAGCCAAAAGAGACCAGUAGUUUAAUUAUAAAAUUAUUUUAAUUUAUAAAUUAUGACUCUAUUAUAUCACUAUAUGCGUAAACACGACUGUGUAAAUAUUCUUAUAAUGUGUAAUUAACUAGU